AUGUCGUUCAUCGAUCGACUCACACAAGCCGUAGAUCGACAAGUGACGAUAGAAGAAGCGAAGAAGCCUCUCUUAGAAAGCUUAGCCUUCGGCAAUGCCAACCCAGAUUGUCAACAAGUGAUUAGCGCCAUGCCAAGACAGCCAUCCUUGGCAGAGAUGGUAGAAGCAUGCAACAAGAACAAUUGGCAGGUUCAGCUCAUCUCCAUACUGCUCUUCCGAACGUUGGUGACUCUUCCACAGGAAAAGGAAAACAAGGCCCUGAAGACACCCCUGCGCCAGAGCCUGCUGCCCCUCGUCCUCCACUGCCAUGAUGAGAAGCGGCUUGUGGCACAGGCUUCUCAGGAAACCCUGCUUUGUGUGGCCGAGUUCCUGAAGAGGCCAGAUCUUGAAAGACUGGUGAAGAACCAGAAUCUGUGGAAGUUCAGCAAGUGCCUGCCCGGCGCCGGCGGCUGCCGGCCGCGCCUCAGGGCUGUGCGGGCAGGGGAGGCCGGGGCUGAGCCCGCGCCAACCCUUCCCUCCUGCCGCUCUCUCCAGCUGGCAGAGGACAGGAGCCGAGCGGCCGAGCACCUGCGCCGGGCCCUGCCCUACGUGCAGAGCCCACAGGAGCCCCUGCGAGCGGCGGCCAUCAGGUUCAUGGGCAUGGCCGCGCGGCACCUGAGGGGGAAGAAGGAAGAGCUCCGGCUCAUCUGCACUGCCCUUGAACACCUGACAGAGGACACCAGCAGUGCCGUGUCGGACCUGGCACGUCAAACAUUGUAUGUCCUCCAGGCCCUGCAGAGGGAGCGAUAUUCUGUCUUCCAGAGGGUGCAAGAACAUCUCUGCUGGGCAUGGAGGACACGGCCUCGUCUGUCGCCGCUUGGCUGGCUGCGCUGCUGGAGCUCUGCAGAGAGCUGAUGCCUCUUUCUGCUGAGGCCACCCGAGUCAGCGGGAAUUUUCCUUUUCUUUCAGAUUGUUCUUUUCUUUUUUUGUUUCUUCAUUAGUAUAUGAAUAUAGAGUGUGUUGUAAUACACAGA